AUGUACCUCUCCAACUGCGCCGCCUACUAUUUACCGGAAUUCUCGCCGUUCCUGCCGUCCGCGCAGAGCCCGGCACAGCGCCGGGUGGCUUACCCCUUGCCCCCGGGAGCGGGUCCCAGGGACCCCGCUCCGUUCGCCUACGCGUACGCGGCGGGGGGAGAACCGGCGGAGAGUGAGCUCCUCCCCCCCCCUCCUCCGCCCGUCUCCAUCGCCGACUUGCUGCUGGGAGACGGCGCGGGGUACGGUCAGCGGCGCCACCUGCUACAACAACAACAACAACAACCGCCAAGACAAGAACUGCAGCCGCCGCCGCCGCCCCGGUGCAGCCCCGAGCGGGUCGCCCGUGAUUUCUACCCCGGGAAAGGCCAGCCGCCAGACGGGUUCCCGGGCGCGACUUACGCCGGAGGAGGAGGGAGAGGUGGAAAUUUCAGCGACCAACCGCAUCAACUGCUCCUGCAGCAGGCGGCGGCGGCGGCGGGAGAGCCCGGACCCGUCCCGGGAGGGAAGGCAGGACCGGAGGCAGAGCCGAGACAGGCGGUCGGAGCCGACCCUCAGUCCGGACACGGGGGCAAUCGGCCGGGAACAGCAGCGGCCGUUCCUCCGGGUCACACCGCAGGGAAAGCCCUCAAUAAUUCCAGCGGAUCCCGGGCCAGGAAGAAAAGAUGUCCUUACACCAAGUUUCAGAUCCGUGAGCUGGAGAGGGAGUUUUUUUUCAAUGUAUACAUCAACAGAGAAAAGAGGACGCAGCUCUCCCGGUCCCUGAACCUCAGCGACCGCCAAGUUAAAAUCUGGUUUCAGAACCGGCGGAUGAAGGAAAAGAAAUUGAACAGGGACCGAUUGCAGUAUUUCUCCGGAAACCCGCUCCUGUGA